AAGAGCCAAAAAAUUAACAACAUCCUUUUCUCAUUAACUUUGUACAGAAAAGAAAAAAAUUAUGGGUAUUGCAAAAAAUUUGGUGAUCUUUUUUCACAUUGUCAUCUUAGCAGUUUUGUUGUCCAACGAAAUCAUUUUGGCCUCAGGUGCAGAGAUCAAAAAAUUCUCAUAUGAUCAUUGCUACCAUUUGUGUGAGGACGGAGGGUAUGGAUCACGUGAAUGCUUUGUAGACUGUACUGAAAAAGGAUUCCGUACAGGAGAUUGUGCAAACCGAACUCCCAAAGAUCCUAUUAGAUGUUGUUGCAAUAACUAAAAAAUCCUAUAUUAGUCCCUAAUGCUAAGGCCAAGCUAUAUAUUCAAACGGUGUACUUAUACUUUUCUAGCAUUGGACUUCUAAGGCAAAUUAUUAUCGUGUUGACUAUUAUAACCGCAAUGAAAUAAAAUAAAAAAAUUAUAUUAA